UUCACUUCCUCUGCCGUUUAAGAAGAAAACCUCCCAGUUCCUGCACACUUCUCUCUCUGUCUAUCUAUCUGUCUAUCUCUCUCUUCACCAUCUCUCAGUCAGCAGCCAGAACCAGAACCUGAUCCGAACCUCGGCCCGACCCUCUUCCAGCUGCAGAACACAGAGAGAGAUUUGCUUCAGCUCAUCAUGUCCAGGAAAGUCGUGAGGACCAGUAAAUUCCGGCACGUCUUCGGCCAGGCCGUGAAGGCGGACCAGUGCUACGAUGACAUCAGGAUCUCUCAGAUGACGUGGGACAGCAAUUUCUGCUCCGUCAACCCCAAGUUCGUGGCCAUGAUCGUGGACGCCAGCGGAGGAGGAGCUUUCAUCGUCCUGCCGCUCAGCAAGACGGGACGUAUCGACAUGUCUCAGCCAACCGUCUGUGGACACACUGGACCCGUGCUGGACAUUGAAUGGUGUCCACACAAUGACAACAUCAUCGCCAGCGGCUCUGAAGACUGCAGCGUGAUGAUCUGGGAGAUUCCUGAUGGAGGUCUUACGACUCCUCUGAAGGAGCCGGUGGUGAAGUUGGACGGUCAUUCCAAACGUGUGGGGAUCCUCAGCUGGCACCCAACUGCACACAAUGUCCUCAUGACUGCAGGCUGUGAUAAUGUAGUGAUCCUGUGGAACGUGGCUCGCGGUGAGUCAAUGGUGCGAAUCGACUCAGUACAUAGCGACCUGAUCUAUAGCGCCUGCUGGAACACAGAUGGAUCGCGCAUCCUCACAUCCUGCAAGGACAAGAAACUGCGUGUCUUGGAUCCACGCAAAGGCACCGUCAUUACUGAGAAGGACAAGCCUCAUGAGGGCUCCAGGCCGGUGAGAGCCGUGUUCGUGUCGGAGGGGAAAAUCUUGACCACGGGUUUCAGCCGCAUGAGUGAGAGACAGGUGGCGCUGUGGGACCCGAACAACAUCAACGAGCCGCUCACUCUGCAAGAGCUCGACACAAGCAGUGGAGUUCUUCUGCCAUUCUUUGAUCCUGACACAGGCAUUGUUUACCUGUGUGGAAAGGGUGACAGCAGUAUUCGGUACUUUGAGGUGACAGAUGAGGCUCCGUAUGUGCACUAUCUGUCUAUGUACAGCAGUAAAGAGAGUCAGAAGGGAAUGGGCUACAUGCCCAAGAGAGGACUGGAGGUCAACAAGUGUGAGAUCGCCAGAUUCUAUAAGCUUCAUGAGAGAAAGUGUGAGCCUAUUGUCAUGACUGUACCACGUAAGUCCGACCUGUUUCAGGAGGACUUGUACCCUGACACCAUCGGUCCGGAGCCGUCGGUCGAGGCUGAUGAAUGGUUCGCAGGUAAAGAAGGGAAACCAAUCCUGAUCUCUCUGAAGGAAGGUUUCACUGCAACCACCAAGAACAAAGAGUUUAAAGUCAUCAAGAGCCUCCUGUGUUCUCCAGCAGCCUCCACUGGGCUGCAACACGCCAAUGGAGGGGAUUUUCAGGCUCUGCAGAAGGAGCUGAAGGACUUGAGGGAGCUGGUUGAGCAGCUGACAAAGCGAGUUAGUGAGCUGGAGAGCAAGAGUUGAAGAAGAGAAAACAAAUAUAAAAGCUAGAACAGGGAGAGAGAGAGAGAGAGAGAGAGAGAAAGAGAGAGAGAGAGAGAGAGAGAGAGAGAGAGAGAGAGAGAGAGAGAUAAAAGAAUGUAGAGAGAAAGAGUCACAGCUUUUCAAUUAAUCAUCAUGUUUUUUUUGGGGGGGAUUUAAAUAUUUCAAGUUGUUCUGUAAACCUCAGUUUAUUAAUAUAUGUAUUAGAAAGUUUCAAAUAAAAUCCAUUAAUAUUUUAAAGAAAAAUCUUUCUUGUGUCUCAAAAUGACUGAAUUCACACAUGCACAUUUAUGAAGUAUUGUCAGUUUAUCUGGUUCACGUCUGAUGGUAAACAUCACGUUUAUCGUCAGACCGCUGAAGGACCCCAGAGUGUGUAAAGAAGUCAGUAAAAGGUUCAGGAGGAAGUGUGAAGGUUCUAGGAUGAUUUCUGCAGCAGGAGAUGAACCUCAUCUACAGCUACACGGCAGGUGAAUGCUGAUGUUUAUCAAAACCUCGUGCUGUUCCUUCCUCGUGAGCGUCCAGCCUGAGAGUCCUGAUCUAAACCUCUGGAAAAUUCUCAGCAACAAAGUUAUGACUAAGAAACUUACUAGUGUUACUGAAGUGAGGAAGACACUGGAGGAAGAGUGGACCAGACACCAGUGACAUCACGCAGCUGCAGAUGUGCUGAAGUCACUCAGACCCUCUACACUGUAAUCUUCUUUCAGACUUCACCGGUUCUCUACAUUAAAGUGCUGAGUUUUCCACAA